AAGUGAAAAUGAAGUUCUUCCUCGUCAUCCUCGGAUUGUCUCUUGUCUGCUUCGCCCCCACUAAGGCUCAGCUGUCCAAGGCGAUUAUGGACAUCGCUGUGCCUUGCGUCACGGAUGUUGGACUCACCGUGGAGGCUGCAAUGCAAGUGCAGAAGGGCAACUUUAUCGCCGCCUUGGCUGAAUGGAGAUGCUUUGCCGAUUGUGUGUCUCAGAAAGUUGGAAUUGUGAAUGCAGAUUAUGUAUUCCAGGCGAAAGAUUUCCAAAAACAACUAGGAGAUUUUAUACUUCCCGGUCGCAUUGAGGAAUUCAUGGGAAAGUGUAAAGGAAAGAUCGGCGAAGGAAAAUGCAAGGCUUCCGGCGAAUUCUAUCACUGCAUCGCCAAUAUUGUUCUCAAGGAGAUUUUUGGUUAAGCGACAAAAGAAUGUAAAAAUCUAAUUGAGAUUCACACGUAGAAUGUUUUAGAGAUUAAUAAAAAGAAUUUAGCAGUAUUUAUGCGUUAUAAUAUCAGUAUUUUGAAU